AUGUUAAGCAGAAGUGGUGUUGUGCACUCCUGGUGUAAUGUCUCUCAGGGUUUGAAAAAGAUUUUAAUGGCUGUAGGCGGUAGUAUCACUCAUACUGGAUCUAAUUAUAAUAACAGUAACAGCAGCAGUAAUAGUAGUACUAGUACUACUACGGAUAGUCAUGGUAAUACUAUUAGUAGUGGUGUUAAAACUCCAGGGAGUGAGGGUAUGCGUACACAAACGGCUCGUAGCAUUAAUACUUCUACAAUGACACUUCCAACAGAUGCGGCUGCCCGUUUGGGUGAUUCAAUGUUAAAUAGAGAGAAGACUAGAUACCGUCCUGUUCCCGCUACCCGUGUUGGCCGCGCUGCCGGCUUUGCAUCCCUCUUUGUGCAGUUGGGCUGGGAUCAUCUCUCUCAUACACGCAGUGGUGGCAGUGGUGGACUUUCGAGUUAUAGUCAUGAACGCAUUGUGGAGACUCUCUGCCGUAUGCGAGGGGCGGUGUUGAAGCUUGGGCAGAUGUUGAGUAUACAGGACGGCGCAACAGUUCCAUCACACAUCACUGAACUGUUUAAACGAGUACGGGAUAGUGCUUACGCCAUGCCAGCGGAACAACUUAACCGCACAUUGGCGAAGGAGUAUAAGAAUACGAAUUGGCGUCGUGAUUUAUUUGUGGAGUUCGAUGAUGAACCCAUGGCUGCGGCCAGUAUUGGACAAGUACACCGCGCAGCUGUGGUAGUGAACAAGAAGAAUACCAACGAUGAUAUUAAUAAUAAUAAUAAUAAUAAUAAUAAUAAUAAUAAUAAUAAUAAUAGCGGAGUGGUGGAGCAGGUUGCUGUGAAGGUGCAGUAUCCUGGUGUUGCCCGCAGCAUUGACUCGGAUGUGGCCAAUCUAAAGAUGCUCAUUACACUCCACGUACUUCCGCCUGGAAUGUUUGUGGAUAAUAUUUUGCAAGAACUUCGUCAGGAGCUUGCGUUGGAGUGUCGCUAUACUGUAGAGGCGGCAAAGCAGAUGCGGUAUGCCGAUCUAGUAGAGCAACAUCCACAACUUCGAAAUGUGUUUAUCGUUCCCAAAGUGUAUACAUCACUAUCAACAGAUAGUGUUUUAGUUACACAGUUGGUUACUGGUGUUCCAAUAGAUAAGUUGGCAACGGUUCCAAAUAUGCAAGAGCUUAAAAAUCAUGUUGCUGAACACAUGUUAAUGUUAACUUUAUCAGAACUUUUCCUAUGGCGAUUUAUGCAAACAGACCCAAAUUAUUCUAACUUUUUAUUUGAUGCUAAAACCAAUAAAAUUAGUCUUCUUGACUUUGGUGCUGCUCGUGAGUACAGCGCAGAGUUUGUGCAAGAUUAUUUAGAUGUUGUCGCUGCUGCUGCACGACAAGAUCGCGAUACUAUUAUAGCGAAGAGUAUUAAGUUAGGGUUUCUCACAGGAAAUGAAAUGAAAGAGAUGCUGGAUGCUCAUGUUGCCAGUGUUAUUUUAUUAGGAAAACCAUUCCGUCAUCGUGAUAGGACUUUUGAUUUUGCGGCGGAAGAACUUCCAUCACAGAUUCAGGCACAUGUGCCAACAAUGAUUAAACUGCGAUUGCGACCACCACCCACACCGAUUUACUCACUACAUCGACGACUCAGUGGAACCAUAUUAUUAGCCACAAAGUUAAAGGCAUCUAUGAAUUCAGGAGAGAUUUUUUGGAAUAUUUAUGAUAGCUGUAAAGUGUGA